CCUAAAGCUGCUGUAGCUCCUCUUAUUUCCCUGGCAAAUGCUGUCACCACAACCAGUCACAUUUCUCUCCUCCUCCUCCUCCUACUCGUCCUUCUCCUCCUCCUCCUCCUCCUCCUCCACCAUCUCUUUUUUCUUCCUUUUCUCUCUUUCGUCCUACAUCCCUCACUCCUUGCCUGCACUUCAGAGGUCCCAGACACCCUUAAAGGGAUAAGAUGCCAUGGAGGCCGCCAGAAGAACAGCUCUGUGUCUCUGCUCUGUUCUGUUUGUCUUAACAGAGGUGAGCUCCAGAUUAAUCCACAUCCCUUCACUGGUGCAUCAUGGAGUGAAGGGGAGCGCCCUGCUUCUGUCUGUCGAGACCCACUUCCCGUGGGAUGACGUUGAGAUCCAGGGAAUUUGGUCUCACACCAAACCAAGUGGCUCCAGGGAGAUGUUGGUCACAUUUGACAAAAAAGACACGAUCACUAACAUGAGGUACAGCAACAACCUUGUCUUCAGAAAACCCAACAUUUCUUUGCUGAUACAAAAAUUAAGUGAAGAUUAUGAAGGGGAUUAUGAGCUGAGCCUCAACAUACAGUUUCAUAACCAAUCGGGACCUGUUAUCAAGGAGGAAAGAACUAUUCAUGUGACAGUGGAUGUUCCUGUCUCCAAUCCAGUCAUUGAGAAGAGUCCGUCCUAUGCAGUUAUAGAAGACAGGGCAAACGUUACCUGGACUUGUGCAGUUGAGAUGGGAACAAGGGUCGUGUUUCAGUGGCUUAAGGAUAAUAUCCCACUAGCUCCCAGUAAGAGAUACCACCUCAAUCAUGACAACUCCAUGCUGUUCAUCAGCCCUGUGAGAAAAGAGGACAAGGGAACGUAUCGUUGUGUGGCCAGCAAUCCAGUGAGCCAGAGCCAGGACAGCAGAUCGGUGGAACUCAAUGUCUACUAUGGCCCGUACAAUUUGGAGGUGAACUCCAGCCAGGGCCUACGGACGGGGGAGGUAUUCACCAUCAACCCCGGAGAGCUGGUCCUCUUCGACUGCCAGGCCGACUCCAACCCGCCAAACAGUUACGUCUGGAUCUCCAAGAACCACAACGGGUCCCAGAUAAUCACCGAGGGCCCGCGACUGGAAGUGCGCUCCUACCGGCUGGCUCAGGCCGAAGAGUACCUGUGUAGAGCCUUCAACAACGUGACGCAGAAGCAGGACGAGGCCCAGUUCACUCUGGUGGUGGCCAGCUUAGGAACAGGCAAACAGAAGCACACCCAGGAAAGUGGAUCCGUGUCUCCGCUGGCAGCCAUUACUGUCAGCUCUUUAUUUAUAAUUGGCUGCAUGCUGCUGUUCUUCCUCAGGAAAACGUGCCAUCCCAAGAGAGUGCUCAUGACCAUUUAUAACAGACCAUUUACAGAGGAGAAACGACCACAUCGUUCAGGUCACGAGGAUGCCACAGAGGAUUUCGGCAUCUAUGAGUUUGUGUCCAUACCUGGGAAAAUGGAGUCUGCGCAGAUGUCAUGCAGGUCUCUCUCUCGCCUCGAGUCAAUUCAAGAUAUGCACACCACCAUCUACGAUGUGAUCAGACAUGUCCCUGAAACCCCCAGUCACAGUUUGCUCAACUGACCCUCAUUUGGAAAUUUGAGCUGUAACUUACAGUCGUUGCACUGGAAGACUUCUGUCUAGCUUUAUUCUCUCAAGUGUCUGUUAUUGAAGGCUAAAGCUCUGGGUGUGAUUGCCAAAUUUUUUGCACAAGGAAAGAAGGCGUCUCGUUGGAGGACACAAUCUGAUCGUGCACUGUUACCGUUGGGAGUGUGGGACAUACAGUACAUUCAAUUUCUUUUACUGAUAUAAUCGUGACAUAAAAACAUGCGUAUUUCUUAUUUUCUUUUAAAUGUGAAAAAAUACAACUGAAGUUUGAGCAAUUUCCUGAUUCCAUUCGAGAGUGAAAUCCUUAUUAAAUCAAAUGAGUUUGAUAUUUUUCUGAAGAUGUCAUACAACAAAAUUAACUGCAAACACAGACACUGAUUGUCUUUCAAAUAUAAGUAAUUUAUUCUAUGAAUUUAAGAAUAUCUAUAACAUAUUCUUAAUCCAACUUUUCCUGCUAAUAGCAUAUGUUUUAUGAGAAGUGUCAUUAUGAAUGCAGUUUCUUUUGUUAAUUGAUUCUGGUUUAAUGUAAAUACUGUACAUGGAAAACCGUGAAGAGUCUUUAUAUAAAUUAUUCUGUUACUACAUUUUUCAUAACUGUUCAAUCCUGUGGAAACUUACAAAUAACAACCGGAUAGAAAGAAAAUUCCGGUACUCUGUUUUCUAAAUUGGUCAAAAUGUGGUAAUUUUUUGUGUUUGCAGCUUGAGGCUUAGCAGAAAAGCACCUGCUGGCAUCGAUUAAGAAUGUAUAGAAUUCUCUGCACUGUGGAAUACCAAACCAGUUCUCACGUAAAAUGUUUUGGGUAAUAGAUUGCAUUUGGAAGCGUUUUCUUCUCUCUGAGAGGCUCAGUUUUAGCGACUUUCUCCCUUCUAAACAGCCCCAUCAGCUGCUCAUUUCUUUGAAUCAUGGCAAAGCAGCUACUUGGCAGGCAAAAUGCAAUUAUUCUUAAUGGAGAUAAGAGCACUGCAAACGAAGUGUUAAACAGUCGAGGAACAGGCCCUUCUGUCUGUUAGAAGGACUUAAGGGUGGAAAACAGAGCUUUUCAACACAGAAUUGUGCUGAAGAUCAUACAUUCAUGUCAGUUAAAAGUGGGUGUUUAUCUACUACUAAGUCGGGUCACAAAGAACUUGUGUACUUGGCUACCUGUAGACGGGUUGCCAUGGUUUCUAUGAUGCUUUAGCUGCAAUGUUGGCAGUUGGGUUGCUGCCUGGUCUGAGGAAAUAUUUAACAGAUGCUGUUCUGCAAGUACCGAAUGAAUUAGACAAUGAGGACAACGUGGUAAAUAAAGAGGUCAAAUCAUAUAGUAUCAUAUAAUAUGCAUAUUUUACUAAUUGGGUUCAUAUUUCAAUGAAAUACUUGCUUCUGUCAUUAUUGACGUUGUUUAACGUCAAUAAUACCCGGAGGAAAGAAAUACCCGAUCAAUGGAUCAUAAAGAAAACAGAUCACCAGAAUUUUGUUUUACUAUCUAUUUACUAAGGUAUUUUACUCUGUUUCUACAAAUGUAGCAUUAUUUUCCCCUUCUCUAAGUGACAGUAAUAAAAAGCUCCAUAUGGAAAAUUCUUAAAAACUGACAGAUUAUUGUACAGUUCGCAUUUCUGUGUUUGUACUUUAUUAAACUGAACUGUUUACUAUUCUGUGUCAUCUGAAUGUGUAUUUAACCGACCACUACAACCUAACAACGAUAAUACAAUACAUGAUAUAUACAGUAUAAUAUUUAACAUGUAACAUUGGAUGUUACAUUUGUAUUUGUCUUUAUAUCUGCUUUUUGAUUGUAAAAUCAUGUGAGCAGUCAGGGCUUUUAAACGAUCACUUUGUGUUUCACAUUUUCCUGAACAAUGAUGUCUAAAUAAACUGGAUAAUCAAAGCCAGCAAAGCUGUCAGUUGUUUUGCUGCUUCACAGUCGGUCUUUACCUGAUGUCUUGGCUACGAUCUCUGUUCUCAAAAGAUUAUCUAUUUAUCAGUCCAAAAAUUGCAGAGGA